AUGUCGUUCGAAUUCACAGACAGAGCACAGUCUUCCGUCUCGGCCGCGCUUCAGCUCGCCAAGGAUCACUCGCAUCCUCAGGUCAGCCCGGUCCACAUCGCCUUGGCGCUAUUGACCGAUGACACCUCCAACUCGCAGGGUGUCCAGUCCACCAACGAGUCCAGCCAGUCGCUCUUCAAGAGCAUCUGCACCAAGGCAGGCGUCGACAUCAAGAUCUUCGAAGACAAGCUGCGCACGGCCGUACGCAAGAUCCCUUCUCAAACUCCUCCUCCCGACGACAUCAGCCUCUCGAGUCCCGCACUCAAGGUGCUCAAAGAAGCCGAAGCCCAAAAGAGCACACAACGAGACGCGUACAUCGCCCAGGAUCACAUCCUCCUCGGGCUCAUCCAGGACAACACUAUCAAGCAGCUGCUCAAAGAGGCCGGCCUCGCAAACGAGCAACUCAUCAAGACCGCCAUCACACAAGCAAGAGGUGGCCGACACAUUGACAGCAAGAGUGCCGAAGCAGGCUACGACGCCCUCGCAAAGUACUGCACCGACCUCACACAGCUCGCAGCCGAAGGAUCGCUUGAUCCUGUCAUUGGCCGAGACCAAGAAAUCCGACGAGCGGUGCGUGUCCUCUCCCGCAGGACCAAGAACAAUGCCGUCCUCAUCGGCAGUCCCGGUGUGGGAAAGACGGCCAUCGUCGAAGGUCUAGCACAGCGAGUCGUCGACCGAGAUGUUCCCCCCAAUCUCCUCGGCAAGAUCCUCAGCCUUGACGUCGGCGGCCUCAUGGCCGGCGCCAAGUACCGCGGCGAAUACGAGGAGCGUGUCAAGGCGGUGCUCUCCGAUAUCGAGAAGAUGACCGCCGACGGAACACCCUGCAUCCUCUUCAUCGACGAGAUGCAUCUUCUCAUGGCCGGUCAAGGCAACUCGGGAGGCGGCAUGGACGCCGCUAACCUGCUGAAGCCCAUGCUCGCCCGUGGUAAGCUCCGCGUCAUUGGCUGCACCACCGCCACUGAGUACCGACAGUACAUCGAGAAGGACGCCGCGCUUGAGCGUCGUUUCCAGUCGAUCCUCGUCAACGAGCCCACCGUCGAGGACUGCAUCGCCAUCCUUCGAGGUAUUCGCGACAAGUACGAGGUCCACCACGGAGUUCGCAUCCUCGAUUCCGCUAUUGUCUCGGCAGCCCAGCUUGCCAAGCGCUAUCUCACCGACCGACGUCUCCCCGACUCGGCGAUCGACCUGGUCGACGAGGCCUGUGCCGAUGUCAGAGUUUCGCGGGAGACGGUCCCUGAAGAAGUCGACAAGCUCGAAAGGAAGCGUCUCCAGCUCGAGAUUGCCGUUCAUGCCCUCUCACGAGAGAAGGAUCCCCAGUCCAAGCAGUCUCUCGAAGAGACCAAAAAGCAGAUUCAGGCCAUCGACGACGAGCUCGCUCCCAUCAAGGCCGCCUUCGAAGCGCAAAAGGCCAAGGGCGAAGAGAUCAACAAUGUUCGUCGUAAGAUCGAGGAGGUGCGCGCCAAGAUUGCCGAGGCCGAGCGCCGCUACGAUCUGGCCACCGCCUCUGAUCUCAAGUUCUACGCGUUGCCCGAUCUCGAAGCCAAGCUGCAGCAGCUGCAGGCUGCCGAGCGUAAGCGCGAGGAGGAAGGACGGAACUCGGACAAUAACUCGGUCACUGCCGACUCUAUUGCUGCCAUCGUGUCGCGUUGGACCGGCAUCCCUGUCUCGCGCAUGCUGGAGUCCGAGAAGAACAAGCUGCUUCGUCUUGAGCGCACGCUGGCCAAGGAGGUCAUUGGUCAGGACGAGGCGGUCAAGAGCGUCGCCCAGGCCAUCCGACUUUCGCGUUCCGGUCUCGCCGACGCCAACCGCCCCAUCGCCUCGUUCCUCUUUGCUGGUUCAUCCGGUUCCGGUAAGACGCUGCUCAGCCGCACACUCGCGAAGUGCAUGUUCGACUCGGCCGACGCCAUGGUCCGCAUCGACUGCAGCGAGUUUUCGGAAAAGCACUCGAUUUCGCGCCUCAUCGGCGCUCCGCCUGGAUACGUCGGCCACGAAGAGGGUGGCGUGCUGACCGAAGCCGUGCGACGCAAGCCCUUUAGCAUCGUCUUGCUGGACGAGAUCGAAAAGGCCGCGCGCGAGUUCAUUCAGCUCUUCCUCGGCGUGCUCGACGAGGGUCGUCUACAGGACAGCCAGGGUCGCCAGGUCUCGUUCCGCAACACGAUCAUCAUCAUGACCUCCAACUUGGGCUCGGCCUUCAUCAACGACUCGGAGAAUGAAGAGAUGGACGACGCUACACGUCAGCUGGUGAUGAACAGCAUCAAGGCUGCUAUGCCUACCGAGUUUAUCAACCGCAUCGACAGCAUCGUCGUCUUCAGCAAGCUCUCGCGCCGCAACGUCAAGUCGAUCGUAGAUGUGCGCCUUCGCGAGAUUGAGCAGCGCAUCCAGGCCAAUGGAGGCAAGUCGAAGCUGGUGCUCGACGAUGCCGCCAAAGACUUCCUCGUCUCGAUCGGCUUCUCGCCCACGAUGGGCGCUCGUCCACUCAACCGUGCGAUCCAGCAAGAGCUGCUCUCGCCCCUGUCGAUCCUCAUUCUGUCGGGCAGGAUCGACAUCAAGGAAGACGAACAGAUCCGCGUGCAGUUUGACCCGCACCGAAAUGGCCUGGUCGUCCUGCCGAACCACGAGGGCAACGCCAAUGGAGUAGAGGACGAGCCGAUGUCGGACGAAGAAGACGACGACUAUGACCACGCCCGAAUCGAAGAGGAUCCGCUCGACUAA